GGAAAAAAAAUUAGAAUCAAUUGCUAAUUAGUAAUAUUAAACAAUUAUAUUAUUAAUAAUAAAUCCGCAGACUAUAGAUUAUAAAACUUUGCUUGGUUCCAAGUUUUAACCUGAGAGAAUUUCCGUUCUUUAUUCUUUUGAUUUCUCGUUUGCUUGGUCCUCUCUCUCUAGGUACGGAACACAAGUUUGCUGUCAUGAAAGUUGAGCUAUGUGAGUGAUAUAAUACGAGUUCUAAUUACAAGCAAACCAAGGAAACAACACACACGUUGACAAUCGAGGUUUAUUCAAAAGACCCAUUUUCCCAGGUCGAUUUUCACACAUGGAUUCUCUUUGCUUUGAUGACAACAAAGAAGAUAUUGAAGUGAAAUAUGAAGAAGGAUUUGGAGAUCCAGAAGUGUUCCCUCGUGUUGGAGACCAGUACCAGGCAGAAAUUCCUUCAUUAAUUGCAGCACCUUAUCUUUCUCAGCUUGUAAAGAAGAAAAGAGAUUCAGAAAUCAUGGUCAAGGUGCCAAAGUCUUCUAUUUCACUAGGAUUGCCCAUUCCUCUUAUGUGGGCACAUUGCAAAUUUGAAAGCAGCUGUGGUUGUGGGACUUUAGAAUCGGUCACAAGUGGAGAGGGGCUAGUGAUUUCUAAGAACGAAUGUCCAAAAAUUAAACUGGAAGGUCUUACUGCUUCGCAUGUUGAAGGAAAACAUGUCGGAGGGUUCUCAAAUUUGGAAUCAUCUUCUAGAAGUGAUGAUGAGAAGGAUCAACCACAAGGCAAGUAUCUUCUCCCUGGAUUGUUGGAUGAUCAAUCUUGGACAGAUAUUGAAUAUAACAGUUUUCUUCUUGGCCUCUUUGUAUUUGGGAAGAACCUUAACUAUUUAAAGAGAUUUGUUGGGAGUAAAAAUAUGGGAGACAUAUUGUCUUUCUAUUAUGGAAAGUUUUUUAGAUCUAAAGAAUAUUGCCGAUGGUCAGAGUGCCGAAAGAUGAGAACUAAGCGGUGUAUAUUUGGCCAGAAAAUAUUCACAGGAUGGAGGCAACACGAAUUGCUGUCAAGAUUAUUUUCCCAUGUGCCAAGGGAGUGUCAAACUAAAUUGAUUGAGAUUUCAAGGAAUUUUGGGGAGGGAAAGAUUCCUUUUGAAGAAUAUGUAUUUGCUUUAAAGGAUGCAGUGGGUGUUGACUUGCUAAUAGCUGCAGUAGGUAUUGGAAAAGGGAAGCAGGAUCUCACUGGCAUUGCUGUUGAGCCAACAAAGACCAAUCACACCUUCUCUGUUCGCCCUGAAAUACCAAUUGGCAAAGCUUGCUCCUCUCUUACAUCUGCAGAUAUAAUCAAGUUUCUCACAGGAGAUUUUAGGUUGAGUAAAGCUCGAUCCAGUGAUCUCUUCUGGGAAGCUGUUUGGCCUCGUCUUUUAGCAAAAGGUUGGCAUUCUGAACAGCCUAUGGAUCAAAUUGUUUCUGGGUCAAAGCAAUCUUUGGUUUUUCUUGUACCUGGUGUUAAGAAAUUUUCAAGAAGGAAACUGGUAAAAGGUAACCACUACUUUGAUUCUAUAAGUGAUGUAUUGAAUAAAGUAGGAUCUGACCCUGGGCUUCUUGAGACUGAAAAUCAAGCAACUGAGGGCAGUGUAGAUAGGGAAAACAGACAAGACAAACAAGACCUAGAGGGCGUGUCAAAUAGGCAACAAUUCUGUUACCUUCAGUCUCAUAGUUCAAAGUGCAAUCAAGAUCUCAUGAAAUUUACAAUUGUAGAUACCAGCAUGGUUCAUGAUAAGAAUCAACGUAAAGUGAGACAGAUGAGAAGCUUACCUUUUCAAACUAUGAACAUAUCCCCCAUCUCAAGCUGCUCUAGUGAAUCUGAGCAAGAUACAUCUGAAGACUUGGAAGAUCAGGUUGAGCAAUCUAAUGCUUCCAGCCCUACUGAAGAUCAGGUUGGACAAGCUAUUUCUUCCUAUCCUAUUGAAGAUCUGGUUGAAGAAGCUAAUUCAUCAAACCCUACUGAAGAAUUCUCUGAUAAGAGGUUGAGCACAGACUCUUCAGAUUGUACGCGGGCUCCUGCUCCUGAUAUACUCAACACCACCAAAGAAGAAGUAGAAAACCAUAAAUUUUAUUCUGAUCUGCAUGCUGAUGAGAAUUCAAGGGAGAUCAAUGAGCAUCACUUGAUUCAAAAGAUGACAUCUGAUUGCACGUUGCCCUGCAUCAUGGAAAUGACGAAGUUAAGAGCUUGUAACCAUGGAGAAUUUAGCCACUGCACUGAAAGUACUUCUGUGAAUAGAAAGUUUGAUUUAAAUGAGCCAAUCUCACCGUCAAAUCUGCAUGAAGCAUCUGAGGGCAUGGUCUUGUCAAUGGGUUUAGAAAAUGUGUCUUUCUCAAGUUAUCUGGCUAAAGGGAGUCCAAACUUGAGUGAUGAAGGCAGGGUCACCGACACUGAGAACCACCUAUCUGGAGAAGUUUCUGCAGAAAAUUCCCAAACCAGGAUGUUGAUUGACUUGAAUUUUCCACAAGUUUCACCUGAGUUAGGAAUUGAAAUGGAAAUACCAUCCUCUGUGGUCAUACUGCAAAAUGACAACCAAUGUGCAAAUGCAUUGUCUUCUCCAUCUGAGAGAACCCAGUUCAAUGUGACCCAGGAGUUUCCUGAUGGUAAUAAGGAGCAGCAAUCGAUCAAUAACAAUCGUCGCCAAAGCACAAGGAACCGGCCAUUGACCACAAAAGCAUUGGAAGCUCUUGAGUACAGAUUUCUCAACUCAAAGAGGAAGAGAAAGAACACAGAAUCUUCAGACAAUAAUUCAAAGCCCAAAUGUUUACGUGUAAGUAGUGAGACAAUUAUUGGUGCUCCUUGUGAUAAUGACAUCGGCAAUUCUAUGGCUGAUACAAGAGCAGAGGAGGAGAAUGUAAUCCAGGCAUAUAGCUGUAGCAUCAAUCUGAAUAGAGAGGCUCACUAUAAUUUGUGAAAAGUUGGGUUAUUUCUUCUUUGAGGGGGCAUCAAGUUCAUAAAUAUUUCGAGUGUUGAGGCUAAACUGCAUAUAAUUUCAUUGUUUCAAACGUAUCCAUACAUCACAACUAUACAUGAACAUCAAAGCUAUCAGUCCAUAUUCACUUAACUCUUUUUUGUUUUUUCAGAAUGUGACUGAUAGAAUAAUAGAAUAAAAUAAGAGUUUAUCUCAUGAUUAAUGAUUUAAAGAUGAAGUACCAUUGGUGUUGAAGUUCUGAGAUCAAAGCCGUUCUCUUCAGCAGGAAUCAACCUAAGUGGUGGUUUCUGUUUUAUAUCAGACUGCAGGACUAUAAACCAUGCUUUGAUGAGAACACAAUUGUAGCAGUCAUCUCCAUAAGCACGUUUGUGUCUCAGAUGAUCACUUCAUAAAUUAGUUUCUGUAACUCAGGCAUUGUAAGCUGCCAACCAAUGAGUAUUAAUUAUGUUGGAUUCGUAACUACCAUAGAUUUUCUCUUUAUUAGUGGCACAAUGUCAAUAGUGAAUAGAACAUGUUAGGCUUUUGGUAUUUCAUUUAGGCAUGAUUGAAGACUGCAUCUAAAACCUACUUUAAUACGUUGAUACAAUAUAUCUUAAAAGGCAUAUUUAUUAUUACUCCUAUCUAUUAUAUCACUCUUAUUU